GUUUAUGGGGGAGGAGUGAAACAUGCCUGAGGGAGGAAGAGUGAGUAAAGCUACAACAAAGACACACCUAGUCCAGAAAAAGUUUCUGAGACAGCCUGUGUGGAGCAAUAAGAGGGUGUGGCCUUUUUUGCACACUGGUAGCAGAUAAGUUGAGUUUGUCUUGUAAAGAGGGGCAUGAGUCAUAGUCCUGAACAUUGAGCCAUUUACUUUCACUCCGCUGGGCUCUCUCUCUCACACACACAGUCCAGCUGCACAAAUCAAACCCCCUUUUAUCCAACUGCUCCAGCAGUUUUUAGACCAGACUUUUUUUAGGGAGCAACAAAGAAGUAAAAGUCCCAGCCAUGAAGGACAAAGUGAGGAAAGGAGGAAGAAAUCAAGCCAGAACUGAUGCAACCAGCACACCCGGUGGAGAUGAUGCUGUUGAUAUCAAACAGGAUGAGGACACAGCGUUUCCUGUAAAGAUCCAAGGUGCAGGAGUGGAGCCAUUUGAACUUCAGGUCAAUGCAUUUUGGCUCGUUCAAGAUGCAAUAAUGGCCCUGCUCUCGAGGAAUGAGGUGUGCCCACGCUCCAACUUGUCUCUAGCUGUAGCUGGGGUGACUUUGGAUCCCCUCUCUGAACUGCAAAGCCUCAAGGGCCUUAAAGCAGGAGCUCUCAUUCGCCUGGUGGAGGAGCCUUAUACCUCCCACUCCGCCAGACUCCACUUGGCUCGGGUUGUGGAGCUGCUGAGAGCAUCCGGACCUCAUGAUGCACUGAGAGAAGGACGAUCACCAAGCGUAGUGGAGACCCUCACACACACACCUGACUCGGGCUUACCAAAUGGAAAGACCCUGAAGCGCUCUUUAAGCAACACAAAGGGAGAAUCAGCCAACCAGGAUGGAGCUCCACCUGAGUAUCUUUUGCCUGGUUCCUCAGAAAGACCACUUAUGGCCCUGCUACCACACACUUCUCAACAAGAGGCCCCCAGCUACCUGAAAGAUUUGUCUCUCAGCUGCUGGCACCCCCCUCCAGGACACAGGAAGCUGCAGGGAGACUUCAUGUACAUCACAGUGGCGACAAUAGAGGGUCGGCAUUGUGACAUCACAUCCUGUCCCAAAGGUUUCUUCCUAAACAGAUCUACUGAAGAUAUAUUUGACCCUCGUCCUGCACAAUCUUCUCCUGCCUGUCACUGUCUCACUGACCUGCUGUGUCACAUCAGUCCUAUUUUCAAACAAGCCUUCGCCACACUCAAAAAUAGGCCACAGCAGCCACCAUUAGAGGCGAUGCCCACGCCUUACCACACACUGUGCUGGCUCGGACCUCCAUGCACUUCUCGUGCGCACAAGAACACCUUCAGUAGAUUGGGCGUGGAUGAACAGGCAGCAGCACAGGCUCCAGACUGGAAUGAGGAGUUACAAGCUGCGAGGGAUCUUCCACAAGGAAGUCUGGAAGAAAGGCUGCAGAGAGACAAAACUUUGCUACAGGUUAACAGUGCUUUCGUGAGGACUGUUAUGCAGGGGGGGGAGACUGUUCUAGAUGGAUUUGUUGAGCCAGUAAAUGGAAACCCAGAGGACCCAGCAUUCUUGUGGAGUGGCUUGUUCAUGAGCCAGGGGGCCGCAAGUCCACUGUUUGGUGGUGAGAGGGGACGCAGGGCUGCUCAGAGGCUGGAGCUUAGUGGCGUGCAGGCUUACAGUGACUUAGAGGGGCUGCAGGGGCUGCAUACCAUACCUACAGCCAUCGUAGACUACAGAGGAGUACGCCUGUCGGCCCAGGGUCUGGCUCCUGGCUUUGAAAGCUCAGAGCAGGAUCAGAAAGAUUCUCCUGCCUCGAGAGGUUUGCUUUAUGGAGUGAAUGCAGGGCCCCAAGAAUCCCCUCAUCGCAGGCGGCUGCUAGCCCUACUGGCUCACGCGGCCAAAAGUCUGUCCAUCCAGAGACAUGUUGUUGUGGCUCCCAAGGGGCACCAGGUACCUCUGUUCACCUCCGUGGAUGCUCAGGGGCUACUGGGGGCCGAUGGGAGGUUCUAUUUACUAGAUGUAUUCAGAAGCUUCCCAGCUGAUGCCAACUUCCGCCCAGAGGAAGAAACACAAAGUCAGAUAUCUGCUGGAGAGGAAGACAGCAGCAAAAGCUGUGAAGAGAAUGAGGAGAAGAGGAACGGGAAUGAGAAAGAAGGUUGGGCAGAGGAUUAUCGGGGCACAACUGGGCUUCCAAAAAGCUUUCCUCAUGGUCUAUGUAGACUGAGGCCAGAGCUGGUGCAGGCUUUCAUUCAGCACAAACAUUGUCAGUUCACUGAACGUGUGAAGGAGAAAAUGGAUGAAAAUGGAGGAUUUGAAGAAUGUGCAACGGCCUGUGACUCUCGAGCGACUGAUGCAGUACGAGCUGCGUGCAAAGACGUGAGCUCAGUUAGCGACAUUAUCUUUGAGAUGCGCUUUAACCCAAAUGUUUUCUCUCCAGGAAUACAUUUUCCUCCCACUGAGAGUGCAUCAACAAACCUGCAGGAGAAGUUGCUGAGAGAAGCUGCAGCUUUUAUCAUCACACACCAGAUACCAGCCUUUUUGCAGUGUUGCCUACAAAGCAAUGAGGCGCCGAUGGACGGAGCUUCUCUAAAACAGGUGCUACACCAGAAAGGCAUCAACCUCCGCUACCUGGGUCACGUGGUCAAGGCUAUUUCCCAGUCAGAACACAAGGAGCGCCUCAGGCAUAUAAUGAGAUCAACUAUAGGGGAAAUUUUCAUCCGCUCAGCAAAAAGAGUGUUCAACCAUUUCCUACAGGGUGUGGACGUACCGAGCCUCUCUUCAGCCAUCAGUCACUUCCUCGGUUGCCUGCUGGUUCACCACUUCAUGCCCUCUCCUGGCGGAGAGGAAGCUAAGAAAAAGUCAAGGAGGCGUGGCCGUGGGGCCGGGGCCUCAGAGAGCAUGCCCUGGAGCAUGCUAACUGGAGCUGAGCUGUGGAAUCUGGUCUGCCAAGAUGCGGUUGAAACAUAUGACAUCUCUGACAGUCUUGGCUCUAGUCCGAAUCACUUGGUGGAGCACUAUGGACUGCAAAAGCUCUCUUUGCUGAGAGAAUUCUGUUUAAAGACUGGAGUGCAGUUGAGGCUGAGAGACUACAUCCUUGACAACCAGAACAAAGCUCCCAUCAAUCCGGACGACAUCCUCAACAUCUUCCCUGUUGUUAAACACAUCGACAUGCCGACUGUGGAUGCUUCCAAAGCAUACCGUGCUGCACAGAACUCCAUUCAAAAGGGCUUGCUGGAUCAGGCCCACGAACAGCUGAAGGAAGCAGCUUACCUGUAUGGCAGGGUGUGUGAUGAUCUGGACCCUGAGGCGUGUUACUGCAACAGCCUGUUGGCCAAGGUGACCUUCCUGCAGGGCAAAGCAGCAGAGGCUCGCAGUGUUCAGCUGAAAUCAGUGGUUAUCAGUGAGAGGGUGCUUGGCUUUGACCAUCCAAACACGAUACAGCAAUAUGCCCUCUUAGCAGUGUAUGCAUAUGCUGGAGGGGAGACAACCCUGGCCCAGAAAUGUCUUCUCAGAGCUCGCCUGCUAAUGCUAACAGUCCAUGGAGAAGACCACCCGUACACUGCAACACUGGACAGCUGUCUUGGCCUGGUUCUGACAGAAGAUCAAACAGGGCAGUUCCUAAAGAAUGCACUGAAACUUAACACUUCCUUUUUCGGCCCCACAGAUAUGCAUACCGCUCUCAGCCACCACCUUUUGGCCCAGUGGAUGUGCAGUAAAGGAGACUAUAGAAGUGCAAUGUCAAAUGAGAAAGAAGCCUUCUCUGCCUUUACGUCCUUGUUAGGAGAGGAUCACCCACAGACACUCUGCAGCAAAGAGUUCCUGGGCACUAUAACCAAGCAGGCAGUCAAGGUGGAACGCACUCUCAGACAGGCAGGAAGUGACUCUGCUGAGCAAACUGUGGAGUGUCUAAGCCCAACAUCUGACACUAUUCUGGAGCAGAUGGUCCUGGUUACAGGGAUAAGGAGGAUCACACGCAGUGACAGGUUCCAGGAGUAUAAGCAGAAACACCUGGAACGAAAGGCUGCAGCAGCAAAGGAACUGGGAUUCAAGCUCCCAAUCUGGCCUGUUAACUCACAUCUAGUUAGCAGAGAAGACAAAAGCUCAGAUAAAGAACGUGGAAGUGGGAAGGAAGCUAGGGACGGAGGAAACAGAGCAGAGAAAGAAGACCGGAAGAGUGAACAGCAGCAGCCGUUGGAGGACAUGUCUGCUGAGAGUGGUGCAGGUGUCUUAGCCAACGGUUGUGUGCUAGAGCCAGCUGAGCAAAGCAAACAUGAAGAGAAAACCGAUGUUGAUGCUGACAGAGAAGUUACAGGUGCUGAGGUCCAGAGAGUGAAUGAAGGUGAGAUGCAGUCAGCCUCAGGGGGGAAAAAUGGAGAAAUUAAUAGAGGCACAGAAACAAUUCUCAGCCCAUCUGCCCUUAAUAGUAAACUGACCUGGGCAGACGUUGUUUCAAAAUCUAGCAAUGGAACAGGAAGCAAGGCAGUAAAUGGAGGAGACAGUGUCACCAACGAAAGUGUUGAAGAGUGAAAACACUAAAAACACACAAAGGCUUGUAGGGGUGAGUUUUCUAAAGACACUGCUGUAAGAUGAAACUACCGGAUUUUAAUGUGAUUAAAACAACAAGAAGGUAGUAUUAAGAAAAAGACGAGUAUUCUUUUAUGUUUCAGAUGUUUCACUGUCACAGAUGCUGUGAGAAGCAAGCAUUGUUUGGCUGCAUUUCUUUUCCAAAAAUAAACUUUAUACUUUGCUGUAA